AUGGCUUCUCACAUAAGCUGUCUGCGUUACGGAGCCGGUCUUCACCGUCUCGAUACGGCCAAGGCCCGCGAGGAGCGACAGCGCAAUGGAUGCAAUGAGAUCGAGCUUGAAGUUCAGCGAAGGAUUUGGUGGCACAUGGUUGCAGAUGAUUGGCUAAUGAGCUUUGCGGGAGGCCCGUUUGAUGGUGUCUACUCUUUCCAUUCGCAGCACAUGAAGGUGGACUAUCCGAAGAAUGUCGACGAUCACCAUAUCACUGCCUCUAUGCCUGUGCCCGACCUGCCACUCUCUACACCCACAGCGAUGUCUACUUUCCUAGCACGCGUCAGAUUUGCCACCCUCUGUCGUGAGAUUGUAGACAUCAUGGGGCCAACAUUACUAGAGGGCAACGAGCCCGAGUACAGUGUCGUCUUAGAAAUAGGACAACGGCUGCAGAAUCACCUUGAUGAACUCCCUCCCUUUCUCAGACUAGAUCCUGACAGUAUAAGGAUGAACCAGGAUGUUUGCGCACAGAGACCCGAUCUUGCGUUGCAACGGCUUGCUACAAACUUUAGUAUUCACGCACGCAUUUGCCGACUUCAUCGCCUGUAUCACCUAGAAGGCUCACUGAAUCCAGAGUACGCAUACUCACGCACCAUGUGCAUCCGGUCAGCUCAUCGGGUCCUGGAGCUGAGGCGUGCUAUGGACCAGGUUGGGACAGAAGCAGGCUGCCAUCCAGCCCGGUUUUGGAAGAUUACGCAGCACGUAUUCCUCGCGGCCUUGACCCUGGCGACAGAUGUUUCUAUCAACCCCGAGGGCCCGGAUGCGGAUGAUAGGAAGGCGAAAGUGAUGGCGGCAUACAAGACUUUGGAGAGCUCCAAAGAGGACUCAAUCACGCUUGUGGAGACGAUCCAGAAGAAUCUACAGGCUCUGAUGACAACUUUAGAGUCAAGGCGAACGGCGAUUCCAUCGUCUCUGGGUAGAGCUCAAAGACCACGGAGACCUGAAACCGUGAUAGCGCAAGUCGCUCUCGCCCAACACCCGCCACGGCUGGAGCCGAUCGGACCAGAGGUGAGCGAUGAGCCUGGAUUAGGUUCAAUGAACCAGGAUAUCCCGAUUUCAGUUGAUGGUAGUGUUUCCGCAAUGGAUAGCGGCAGCUCUGGGGUGGAUCAGCUAUGGGAUGACUUCUGGGCUGUGGCCCCAGAUUUGGAGGCCACAGACUGGAAUAUGUUGCUAGAAGACAUGUACACGGACUGGGAGCCCAACAUACAAUAG